AUGCCUCACACGCCUUUGCAAAUGGCCAGCAGAGACGGAAGUAAAGAGAUCGUUGAGCUGCUUCUCGAGCACGGAGCCGAGGUCAACGCACCGCCUGCCAAAAAUUUCGGCGCAACUGCAUUACAGUUCGCCGCCAUCAAGGGUCUUCUGGGGAUUGCUCAUCUCCUGUUGGAGUACGGGGCCGAUGUCAACGCACCGCCUGCCGAGGUUGGUGGCAGGACAGCAUUGGAGGGAGCAGCAGAGCAUGGAAGAAUCGACAUGGUGCAAUUGCUUCUCAACGCUGGAGCAAACAUCUUUCAAGAGGGAGAGGAAGCACAGUAUGAAAGUGCUAUCAGCAGAGCGUCUCAGAACGGGCACCAUGCAGUUCGACGGCUUCUCGAGUCAUAUCAUGGAUAG